AUGAGCGGCGUGGCGGAGGCGCGGGAGCUGGAGGAGCGGCUGCGGGAGGCGGCGGCCCUGGGGGACGUGGCGGAGGUGCGGCGGCUGCUGGGCGCGGGGGUGGACAUCGACUCCCGCAACGAGAUCAACGGCUGGACGUGCCUGCACUGGGCCUGUAAGCGGAACCAUGCCCAAGUGGUGUCCUGCCUGCUGGAGGCUGGCGCAGACAAGCAGAUCCUCACUGCUAAGGGAGAGCUGGCGGCACAGCUAACAUCGAAACCAGACAUCCGCAAGAUUUUGGGAGAGGAACAAACUGAAUGUCAAGGAGUGAAGGAUUUAAAUUUACCCAUUGUUGUGAACUACUUGGCUAAGCCACCAUUCCCUAAUGUUUACAGUGAAGAAAGCAUUCCGGGCAGCUUGGCAGAGUCCCAGAAUGAAAGCACUUCCAUCUCUUCUGCUUCCCAGAGUGAAACCAGCCCUUGUCCAUCAGCACCUGAGGCUGAAAGCAUCUGCACACCCACGUCCUGCAGCAGCGAUGAGACCUUCCCAGCCCCGACCACCGCAGCCAGGCCAGCCCCUGUGCCCACCACCAUCACCACAGCCUCAGUGUGUGCCAGCCCAGGGCUGCCCCACGGCCCCGGCUGCCCCACAGCCACGGCCCCCAGCCUGGGGCUCUGCUCCCCACGAGUGUCCAGCCAGGCUGUGCCUCUGCAGCCUGACACCUCUCCCAGCGGCCCUGCAUCUGCCUUCCAGCCCUUCUUCUUCACUGGAAGAUUCCCCUCUAACAUGCAAGAACUUGUGCUCAAGGUCAGAGUCCAGAACUUGAGAGACAACGACUUCAUUGAGAUUGAACUGGACAGACAAGAAUUGACCUACCAAGAUCUGCUCAGAGUGAGCUGCUGUGAACUGGGCGUUAAUCCAGAGCAAGUUGAGAAGAUCAGGAAACUACCCAAUACACUUGUAAGAAAGGACAAGGAUGUUGCCAGACUCCAGGACUUCCAGGAGCUGGAGCUGGUCCUUUUGAGAAGUGACAGCUCUGCAUUCCGGAACGCUGCUGCUGUGCUGACAGAGCGGCCGUGCUACAACAGCAGAGCAUCCAAACUCACCUACUGACCCUGCAGAGACUUCAGUGUGUGUAAAACCUUAACUUAUUAUUAGGAUUACUAUUUUAACUAAUAUUUUAUAUUUUAUAUUUAAUACCCUGUUUGCUUUUAUUUUUUACUUGAUACUGUAUUCAGCCAAGAGAUACCUCAUUUGUCUAGUAAAAUCACAUGCUUCCACUGUAUUUCAAGGAAGUUUAUUGGUUGUAUCUUCUAGCAGGGGGCACAAAAGACAUAAUUAAUGAUAUGAAAAUUAUGUUAAGUACACCCACCAAGUAAGACUCAUGUAAAGAUUCAGGAAACUGUGUGUCUCUGUGUGUAUGUAUGUAUUUUAAACCUCCUCAUUAAAUUA